AUGUAUUUCGGUCAUAAACGUCAGUAUCUAAUGAUUUUAAAACUUCUCAUCCAAGUCUUUUUUGUAAUAAUUUGGUUUAUUGGAAAUGAAAACCUCAAUUUUUAUUUCUUCUUUCAAUUUUUGAAAUUUUUAGCAGCGAUAGGUGGUGAGGUGAUCCCACAACUCAUUGGAACUUUUCAUCGAGGAUUCUUUUGUGACGAUGCAUCGAUUCGCUGCCCAUACAAAGCAGAUACAAUUACUAACACAAAUCUUUUUCUUUACGCGAUUUUCGUGAUAAUAUUGACAGUGAGUUUCCAGAAAUCCUUCGGAUCAAUAAUUAUAGGAUACGCUCAAAUCGGUGCUGCAUGCUUGUAUGUCGUUAUAAACCUCACGAAAAGCACUGUCGGACGUUUACGACCUCACUUUCUUGAUGUUUGCAAACCGAAAGAUUUGAUCUGUCAAAAGUGUUAUAGAUACAUUACAAACUACGUGUGCACUGGAGAUGCAGAUUUAGUGUUGGAAGCAAGAAAAUCGUUCUUCAGUGGACACUCAGCGAUUUCAAUGUAUUCAUCCACAUUUGCCGCAGUAAGCCUUCUCGCUGUUUCUUUUUUGUGUGUAGAACUUAUUCAUUACAGACGUUUGAGGCUUAUUUCCUUUUCAAUAGGACUCAUGAUAUCGUACAGUCGUAUAAAUGACAACAAGCAUCACUGGAGUGAUGUUGUGGUUGGCGUCAUCGUCGGUGUUUUCUUCGCUUCAUACACAGUGAGAAAUAAGCUUCUGAUAGCUUCAGCUGAAUCACACUACAAUCGUCUGUCUAGUGCCUUGUUGUGGCGGGGAUGUUCAACAAACCUGAAGAGGAACUGCUACCAUCUCGAAGACAGACGACAAACUACGUCAUUGGCAAUUCGGCUACACCUUCAAAUCAACGUGGAACAAUCCAUUCCUACCCCGAAGAAAUUUGAAGGAAAGCGAAUAACUCUGCCUUACUCGAAAAGUUAUGGGCUACACGUAUAA